UUGAGAAAAGGUCAAGCAACGGGCAAUGAUUAACCAGUUAAAAUUAAUGAAAACUGCUAUUGGUUAGCCGUUCCUUCAGAACAAUCAGUAGUUGCCCGUUAUUUCCUUGUAGAACGGUUUAUGACUAGCCGUUUUCACCUUUUAGAACGGCUAACUAUUUCCCGUAUCCGGAGUCUUUCAGCUGGGAUUCCCACGCACCAGUGUUGGUUUAGACGACGGUUUUUUAGUUUGGGAAGAGCCUGGGUACUCCAUAAGACCCAGUCAUAGCUCAGGUUGAUUGGGAACUGUCUCAGAUCGGUGUUUCCAGAUAAUACCGAGUUAAUUCAAUAUUGACCUUGAAUUGUAUACCCUCAGCUGUUACUUUCCCUUCCAGUGUAAAAACUAAGCGCGAGUAAUACGAGAGAACCCAAAACCAGCGAUAUGGGAGAGGAAAAUUGCCAGCAGUAUCGAGUUCCACUUUAUGGAGCUGCUUGGGUUCCAUUGAAGGAUUUAUAUAACGAAAACAAACGAAAUCAAGAAGAACAACAGGAUGAUCAAAAACAACAAGAAGAAAAAGAAGCAGAGAAGAGUGAAUCUACAGAAACUAAGAAGAAUUCUUGGUUGGUUCUCUCUGGUGGUGGCGGAGAUACAAAAAGUGGGAUUCAAAAUUCUAUACUUAUUGCCCAAUUCGAUUCCACUUCUAAUUCCCUCUCCAGAACCCCGGUGGAGAAGCAUGAGACUGGCUGUGAUUUACCUUAUAGAAUGGCAGUUCAUCCAGGUGGAGAAGGCCUUAUAUGUUCGUUCCCCAAUAGUUGCAGAUUGUUCGAGUGGAUUGCACCUACAAGCAUGGAAACCAAUGAUUUGGGCGUAAGAGCUUCUGAGACGGUGCUUACGCAGUUGGAAAAUGUUCGCCAGCAAUUGGCUUUGGCGUUUAACAAGGAGGGUUCUGUACUUGCUGUUGGAGGUGAGGAUGGCCACUUAAGAGUCUUCAAGUGGCCUAGCAUGGAAAUUUUUAUUGAUGUAGCUGAUGCUCACUCAACUUUGAAGGAUCUGGAUUUCAGUCUUGAUGGGAAGUUUCUCGUUUCCUUGGGAGGUGGUCCUUGUCGCAUUUGGGAUGUCAACUCAUCGGCAGUUGUAGCUACUUUACAGAGGGAAAAUGAUGAGGUUUUCACUUCCUGCAGAUUUUCCAUCAAUAGUAACAGCACUCAGAUUCUUUACAUCACAGCCAUGAGAGAUCGUGGAGGCAGUAUUAUGUCCUGGAAUACAUCCUCAUGGAUGCGAAUGUCGUCAAAGCACGUAGUCCGUGACCCUAUCUGUGCGUUCAAUGUAUCACCUGAUGGAGAAUACCUAGCCAUCGGAACAAUUCAAGGAGAUCUAUUUAUAUAUAAAUCAACCAAUAUACGGGUGAAAUCAAUAAUUAAGAAAGCUCACAUCGGUCUAGUUACUGUGUUGAAGUUCUCUGAAGAUUCUAGAUUGCUGGUCUCUGCAUCCAUGGACUCCAGUGCGAGGGUGACCAAAAUUGAAGAAGACAAAACACAUAACGGGCUGUCCAUUUUGAAUUUUGUUCUUAAAGGCUUAUGGUUGAUAAUUUUCAUCGCCAUAUUUGUUAUUCUGGCAUAUUGUUACACAAUUAACAAACCCCUCCCUUUCUAGAGUUGGUUUCAUAUCAAAUGUAGUGAGACAGAAGCUUCACUUGGAACAUUGCGACCAAACUACUCAACUUUCACAGAAAAAAUCAUUGGAGCAAAGUAUCAACAUACAGAACAUUCUGUUCCUGUUAUAUCUAUUUUCCAGAAAAUUUUGUCUUCAGUUUAUACGCCAAGGAUUUUUUAGAAAUUGCAUGUUAAGGUUUUAUUUUUGAAAACAUUUGAUAACAAUUGAGUUUUAUGUAGAAAUGCCCACCUUCUACCAUUUUGUUUUCUUGAAUGCCCACCAGCAAAUAUUAUCUAAUAUAGUCCAUGUCCAAGGGCAUCUGUAAGUUCAUCUCUAACCUUCCGAGUCUUUGGUAAGACCGGCUUGGCUAUUUCAGUCUCUGUUGGCAUGGCUAUAUGUUUGAUAUCGAAUCAGAGUGGCGCAGCGGAAGCGUGGUGGGCCCAGCACAAAUUUUGUCUGCCGACAGAUUGAUUUUUUU